UAAACAGAAAAUAACGAGAUAUAUUUUGAUUAUUUACAAUCUAAUUAAGGCCUAUGUACCCACAUAAUAAUGGCGUCGUCUCAUAAAAUUGGCCCUCGAGGACAAGUGUUUUGAUUGAAAUGCGCAUGCGGGCAAGUAGCUCAUUAUGCAUAGAAAAGGGCAGGACGACUAUGGCUACUUGACUACUGCCCGAAGUCGCUAGUUGGUUGUCACGCAUUUUAACUAAUGUAGCAAGUUGUUCGUGGCUAAUUAGAGUGUAUUUGGUACCAGAAUCACCGUAAACUUCCCUAGAACAAGUACCUUACCGUAGCAGACCAUGGACGUCCAUCAAGCCCCUGAAAUUCGAGCGAAACCUCGCGAUGCCGAUCGGGGCGGAGCAGGCGACGUGGACAAUAACACGCCCGUUUACCACGAUACAAAUCAAGCGAAUAUGAAUGCGGAAACAGACGGUAUGCACAACAAACAAGCUGAUCGCAGUACUCAGCUGCUCGAUCCAGCUGCUCAGGGUGCCCAACUCUGCCUCCUUGCCUCCAAGUCUCAUAAGAGCAAUGUCUAUAAAGCAUACGAUAGAACCAGACGGGCCCGGACAUUCAUUCCUCACUGGGUGGUGGAGUACCCGUGGCUGGAAUUUAACCCAGAGAAAGAAUGCAUGUUUUGCAUCUAUUGUCGGGAAUAUCAGAAAAUGCACGACGCCGAAUUUACCAACACGUUCGUACAUGGCGCCACUAACUUUCGACUGGAUUCUGUGAAAGCUCAUGAUAAUAGCACCAAACAUCGACAGGUCAUGCUCGUUAUGAGCGGGAAGAUAUCAAUCAUUCCGAAACCGAUGUCCAAGUUGCCGAGAGCGACCGGAGACCGACUUCGGGUUGGAUCAUUCUUUGAUACAGAGGUUAAUGAUGGAUCGUAUGAUGUCCACGGAGUGGGUAAUUCUGCUCCACAUCCUUCGAUGCAUAGGCCAACAGAAGACGAUGAGACAGGCCAAAAGCACAAUAUUCCAUCAUCUUCUGAUAUGCUAGAAGAGUCUUUUUCUACACCAAACCCAAUGGCCAAAUACAUCAAGACUCUGCAGAAUAUAUAUCCUCAUCUUUCCCUAAAUGGGGUUUCAUCCGAGAACUGCCAGACCACCAACAUUCUUCAGCAGCAGCCAUCUCAGUUAACAACUCCACCUCCAUCAAGAGUGGGAGAUGCAGCUCCACAGGGUAUGGAGAUGGAGGAGAAUAUUGAGGAGUUUAUCAUCAAGGAAGAACCUUCAUCUCCAAGUCAGGAGGAGCAAGCACAGGGGAAUUACGAAAGGGAGCCAGGUGUGGAAGGUGCACCAUCCACUUCCACAGGAGGAGGGGGGAAGAUAGGGAGGGCAGUUCCUCCAAUGAGAAAGGUUUGGAAUGUCACUACCAAUGGAGCAGCCUCCUUAUCACAGGAGGAAGAUGGAGUAGACCAGGGGAAUGACUACCAACAAACAGGUAAUGACACUAGCAAUCAUCUAGACCAGGACCAUGAAGACGAGGCUGCUGAAGGUCUACUGCACCAUUCUGGAGCAAUGCAAGACUUCUUCAUCAAUCCAGUGGUACCAGUUAUGAGACAGGGAAGGAGAACAACACGACUCUUACCUAAAGCGAAGAGGCAGAAGUUAGAGAUGAUAAUGGCUCGGCAGAUGCAUGGGGAAGAUGUGAAUAACACAAGUGAUGAUAGUUCAGGUGACCCACGGUUUCAUUUUGACCAGGAAGGAGACUUGGGUUUAGGAAAGUCAUCCUCAAAUGAUUCUCAAUGGAAACAACUAGCAGAAUCAUUUUUAACAAAGUAUAACCAACUCAGUGAGGCCCACUCAAUUAUGAUGAAGCAGUUUCAGAGUAAGAUUGCCAAACUAGAGAGUAAGUGCAAGGAGCUUGAAGAGUCACAUCCGUCUAGACAGAGAGCACCAGCCGGCAAUUCAAGUCAAGAGGAUGGCAUUCCAGACCAAAAGGAAGCUUCCGGAAGCUCGCAAUCAUCCCCAAGGAUCAACAUGUAUAGCUCAGUAAUCGUACUGCAACUACAGGGUCGGGAGCCAAUCAACAUCAGUAGCACUUCAGACAACAACUUCAGUGCGGUCCAGGAGAGCCUGUCACAAAGCGGCAUCCACAUAUCCCUAGGAGCAAGUAACAUUCCAAAUACCUUGGAAGAACAGGUCAGUAACCAUUCAAGACCAGUGCAAAGGUCAUUAUCAAAGGCCGGAUCACCUACAACAUCCUCAGAGACAACAGCAGUCACAUCUGAUGAUAAUGUAAGUAAGUAUAAUAGAACUAGAGACUCAAACCAGGUGUCAGGAGUGGGAUCGACUGUCCAGAAUGAAUUGGAAAUCCAGCAUUCUGGCCAUGAGAACCUGUCAUCAGACAGACGUGGUUACCUGAUGGGAAAUGGAGUAGCUGAUGGUUCAGCCCCUUCCGAGUGUCAACCCCCUGCUCCUGGUAGAACUGAUAGCACAUCCCAUAAUGCUGCUGGUGACCUCAGUUGUGAUAGUGUAUCUCACAGUAAUAAUCCAGCAGUCGUGUUGCAUGGCUCUCUAACUGAUUGUACAGUAGAUCAGCAUUCUGAUGAACAUGAUAAAAUAGCAUUUACUAGUGCCUCCUCAACUGCAGAUGACAUGGUAUAAAAUUAGUAAAAUUUAUUGUUAUUUUUAUGUGCUGCACAAGAUUUUUCACCACAUUUAUACACAAAAAAAAGAAUCUGAAUCAAUUUCUUAGAGAUCUAAACCUAACUGAAGUUUUUAUAUAAAAAAAGAAGUCUCAAAUAAUUUUCAGGGAAAAUUAAAGAUCUGGUACAGUCAUAAGACACAUCCGAAGAAGAUGAGAUCUUAUAUCAGGUCUAAUGUACAUUGCACAAAAUUAAUACAAUAUAAAAACUAAAGAUUUGGGUCCCCUGAAUUUUCCUUUUUUUUUGGUAUGAAAUUAUUUCUUUGGCAGGAAUGGGAUAUGAAUUUUCAGGAUAAAAUCAAAUUUACUGUAUAAGCUUAUUGACAAAGACAUGAAACAUGUAUACUUCCAUAUAAUUCAUGAAUUGAUGUCUUUUUUAUGUUAAAAUUGUGUUUAUUAAAAGCUAUAUAGGACCAUCAUCGAUAGAGAAGUCAAUAAUUUUGUGAAUAUGGAUUUCUCUACUGCCCUCAUUAGUUCACAUUUGGAAAGGUAACCAAAGCCAUCUUCUUGUUCAGAACUUUGGAAGGUAAAUUAUCAGUGGGGACUGGGGUGUUAGGAAAAAUGGAAAGAUGAAUAUACAUUUAGUGCAGCUGAUAAAAAGCUGUAUAUUAGAAAAAAAAUGCUAAUGUUGGACAUUGUCUGAAACAAUCCCUUAUUUCUGUAGAGAACUUUUCCUAGGCAAAAACUAAAAUCAACAAUUUUCUGAACUGUCCAUGGGGUUUAACACCUCAACAGUACUUCUACAUAUUUACAAUAAAUUUCUACCAGAUGUUGCGCAGUAAUGUCUUGUUUGCUCAGCUGUUUAAAACACUUUAUGGAUUAGAUAAUUUUAUUUAUUAAUUCAUUUUCAUGAUGCAUAAGCACAGUUCUCCUAAUUCUUCUUUUUUGUCUCACCUGCAUAGCAGAGUGAG